AUGAGAACUUCAUGGGCAGAUUCUGUGGCUAACUCUGCUUCUGAGAAUGCAGCACCAGCUUUGUCUGGUCCACGUCCUACACGUGCCACUUACAUUCCGCCACACCUUCGUAACCUGCCGCCAUCUUCUGAUUCUUUGGCUCCACCACCUGCUGCUCCGUCACUAGGGAAUGAUCGUGUAGGUUAUGCUGGGCCUGCAGGUGGUUCUCGAUGGGGUGGUGGUGGUUCGAGACCUGAUUAUGGGCGUUCUGGUGGUAGAGGAGGUGGUGGUGGUGGUUGGAAUAAUAGAAGUGGUGGGUGGGACCGUGGGAGGGAGCGUGAGGUGAAUCCAUUUGGUGAUGAUGGUGACGUAGAGCCGGCUUUUGUUGAGCAAGAGAAUACAGGGAUUAACUUCGACGCGUAUGAGGAUAUUCCGGUGGAGACGAGUGGGCAAAAUGUGCCACCACCUGUGAACACCUUUGUGGAGAUAGACUUGGGGGAGGCAGUGAAUCAGAAUAUACGGAGGUGUAAGUAUGUGAAGCCGACUCCAGUUCAGCGUAAUGCAAUCCCAAUAUUGCUUGCUGGGAGAGACCUGAUGGCUUGUGCUCAGACGGGGUCAGGGAAGACAGCUGCCUUUUGCUUUCCAAUUAUUGCUGGAAUCAUGCGGGAGCAGGAGCUUUCUUGUCAGAUACAUGAUGAAGCCAAAAAGUUUGCCUAUCAAACUGGUGUCAAGGUGGUGGUAGUUUAUGGAGGCGCUCCAAUCAACCAACAGCUGCGAGAACUUGAGAGAGGGGUUGAUAUUCUUGUGGCAACUCCUGGACGGUUAGUGGAUUUGCUUGAGAGGGCCAGAGUGUCUUUGCACAUGAUCAGAUAUUUGGCACUUGAUGAGGCAGACAGGAUGCUGGAUAUGGGGUUUGAGCCUCAGAUUAGAAAGAUAGUGGAACAGAUGGACAUGCCUCCUUGUGGCAGGAGACAGACAAUGCUGUUCAGUGCAACUUUUCCUAAAGAAAUACAGAGACUUGCAUCUGAUUUUCUUUCAAGUUACAUAUUUUUGGCCGUCGGAAGGGUCGGUUCGAGUACUGAUUUAAUUCUUCAAAGAGUUGAAUAUGUUCCUGAGACUGACAAGAGAAGUCAUCUCAUGGACCUUCUUCACGCUCAGAGAGAAACUGAAGUUAAUGGCAAGCAUUCUCUGACAUUGGUUUUUGUGGAGACAAAGAAGGGAGCUGACUCUUUGGAACAUUGGUUGUAUGUCAAUGGAUUUCCUGCUACAUCAAUUCACGGAGAUAGAUCACAACAGGAAAGAGAAAUGGCACUUAGAUCAUUCAAGAGUGGGAAGACGCCAAUUCUAGUAGCGACAGAUGUGGCAGCAAGGGGUCUUGAUAUACCCCAUGUGGCUCAUGUGGUGAAUUUUGAUCUUCCAAAUGAUAUUGAUGAUUAUGUUCACAGGAUAGGGCGAACAGGACGGGCUGGGAAAACAGGUCUGGCGACUGCUUUCUUUAAUGAGAAUAAUUUGUCAUUAGCAAGACCUCUAGCUGAUCUAAUGCAAGAAGCAAAUCAAGAAGUACCUGCCUGGCUCACUCGUUAUGCUUCACGGGUUUCAUUUAGUGGUGGCAAGAAUCGGCGCACUGGGGGAGCCCGUUUUGGUGGCCGUGAUUUUAGAAGGGAGAGCAAUUUUAACAAGGGUACAGAUUAUUAUGGUGGAGGGAACACUAGUAGCAGUGGAUAUGGGGUUCCUGGUUAUUACAGUGGUGGGUACAAUCCAGCCGUGGCCAGUGCUUGGGAUUAA